AUGCCGAUGGCUGCAGGAACGGUUGGGUCACGGGAAAUCCUCAUAUCGGGCUUCGUCGGGACCAUGCCACGGCCGGUGGGGUUGCCUGCGGUGCCUUCGCGGCAGUGCCAUUGGCACGGGGUGGCCUCAGUUUGGCAGCGGGAUCGUCCCCGGCUGGCGGAGGGCAUCAGCCCGGCUCUCCUGCAGUACCUGCAGAUGAAGUGGCCGCUGCUGGCCGUCCCCGCCGGCGCCACCCUGAAGGACAGCCGCUCACCCUCACCCGCGCACUUGUCGAACAAGGUCCCGGUGGUGCAGCACGCCCAUCACAUGCACCCGUUGACGCCGCUCAUCACCUACAGCAACGACCACUUCUCGCCAGGCUCGCCGCCCGGCCACCUCUCACCGGAGAUCGACCCGAAGACGGGAAUCCCGCGGCCGCCGCACCCGUCCGAGCUGCCCCCCUACUACCCGCUGUCGCCAGGAGCCGUGGGCCAGAUCCCGCACCCGCUGGGCUGGCUCGUGCCGCAGCAAGGACAGCCCGUGUACUCCAUCCCUCCCGGCGGCUUUCGGCACCCCUACCCUGCCCUUGCCAUGAACGCCUCCAUGUCCAGUUUGAUGUCCAGCCGUUUCUCCCCACACAUGGUCCCACCGCCCACCCACGGGCUGCACCCCUCGGGCAUCCCACACCCGACCAUCGUCUCGCCCAUUGUGAAGCAGGAACCCACCCAGCCCAGCGUCAGCCCCGGAGGCAACUCGAAAUCCCCUGUCACUGUGAAGAAGGAGGAGGAGAAGAAACCCCAUAUCAAGAAGCCGCUCAACGCCUUCAUGUUGUACAUGAAGGAGAUGAGGGCCAAGGUGGUGGCCGAGUGCACGCUGAAGGAGAGCGCCGCCAUCAACCAGAUCCUGGGCAGACGGUGGCACUCGCUGUCGCGGGAGGAGCAGGCGAAGUACUAUGAGCUCGCGCGGAAAGAGCGGCAGCUGCACUCACAGCUCUACCCGACAUGGUCGGCGCGGGACAACUAUGGCAAGAAAAAGAAGAGAAAGCGAGAGAAGCUGGCCCAGCAGCAAAGCCACGACACGGAGAGCUCCCUGGCGUCCAAGAGCAAGAAGCCGUGCGUGCAGUACCUGCCGGCCGAGAAACCGUGCGACAGCCCCGCAUCCUCCCACGGCAGCAUGCUGGAUUCACCGGCCACGCCGUCGGCUGCCCUGGCAUCCCCGGCCGCGCCGGCUGCCACCCACUCGGAACAGGCUCAGCCCCUCUCGCUCACCACCAAGCCGGAGGCCAGGGCUCAGCUCGCCGUGCAUUCGGCCGCCUUCCUCUCGGGCAAAGCCACCUCUUCUUCUUCCUCCUCCUCUUCCUCCUCCUCGAGCCUCGGCAGCCCGCCCUCGCUCCUCUCCAGACCCAUCCCCUUCACCUCGGUGCCCUCCACGGCUCUCUUGUCCUCGCCUCCGUCCUUUGCGGCCGCCAUCCCGUCCCCGCAGGCUGCCCUGGCCGUGCUGCAAACGCAGCCCCUUUCCCUGGUCACCAAACCUGCUGACUAAGGGAAAAACUUGUCCCCCCUCGUCCCGUCCCAUCCGUCCCCUCCCUGCUGUACAUUGCAGAAGCCACAAUCAAGAUUCAAAUGCAGCCAAAACCAUUAUUGGUCAAUAUUUGACCCUUUCUGAACUCUUUUGUAAGCAGACUCUGGAGGAAGGGGCUUUCUGCUCAGAGCUGCUGCCAGCAGUCGACCUAAAGACCAUUU